GCCAAGGCCACCCUGAGCUUGUCACUUGAGGUCACUUUUCCUGCCGGCUCACCUUCGCUCUCAGCUUCCUUCUCUCUCUCAGAAGCAAGCACUCAGCCCAUUACAAAGUGAGCUGGAGGGGAUCUCGAGGCCCAAUUCAUGGAGAGGGAGGGAGCCUAGUUCAUUCUUUUGUAGUGAAGAAAUCCACUAGUUUGCCAUCCCUGGGACUUGAUUGCUUGAGCAAUCCACCAGUCAGCAUUAAGAUGGGCAGCAUCUCCAGGCUGGAAUAUGUGAAUUGGUUUUGCGCAUAUUGACUAACUGGGGAUGGCUAGAUAGAUAGAUAACAGAAUCAUAGAAUUGUAGAGUUGGAAGGGACCCCGGGGAUCACCUAGUCCAAACCCCUGCAAUGCAGAAAUCUCAACUAGAUCAUAUAUGACAUAUGACCACCCUACCUCCGCUUAAAAACCUGUCAUGUGAGUCUGUUCUACUGUCAAACAGCCCUUACUGUCAGAAAGUUAUUCCUGAUGCUUAGUUGGAAUCUCCUUUCUUGUAACUUGAAGCCAUUGAUUCGGGUCCUAGCCUCCGGAGCAGGAGAAAACAAGCUUGCUCCAUCCUCCAUGUGACAGCCCUUUAGAUUUUUGAAGAUGGCUAUCAUAUCUCCUUUCAGUCUCCUCUGUACCAGGCUAAAUAUACUCAGCUCCUUCAACCGUUCCUCAGAAGACCUGGUUUCCAGACCACUGAUCAUCUUGGUUGCCUUCCUCUGCACACGUUCCAGCUUGUCAACAUCCUUCUUAAAUUGUGGUGCCCAGAACUGGACACAGUACUCCAAGUGUGCUCUGACCAAGGCAGAAUACUUCCUUUGACCUGGACUAUUACUUCCUUUGACCUGGACACUAUAUUUCUAUUGAUGCAGCCUAGAAUAGCAUUAGCUUUUUGUUGCUGCUGCUGCAUCAAACUGGUGACUCAUGUUAAGCUUUUGGUCCACUAAGACCCCUAGAUCCUUUUAUGUACUACUGGCAAUCCAAAUAUCCUUCAUCUUCUAUUUGUGCAGCUGGCUCUUCCUGCCUAAGUGCAGAACAUUACAUUUGUCCCUAUUGAAAUCCAUUUUGUUAGUUUUGGCCCAGUUCUCAAAUCUCUUACAGUCAUAUUGAAUCCUGAUUCUGUCCUCAGCAGCAUUGGUUACCCCUCCCAGUUUGGUUCAUCUGCACAUUUGAUGAGCAUCCCCUCAGUACCUUUAUCCAAUAAAUAGAUAGUAAUUUCACUCUUCAGCUUAAAUCUUUGCAAGAAAAAGUGGCUUGAUUUCUUCCUCUGUCUGGAAUGUAACACCCAGAUAUUUAAAAAAAGGGCACUGUUCAAUCACUUGUUCAUCUAAAGACCAUCUAAAGGUGUGGCGAGCUCUAGUAAACACCACAAUUUUUGUUUUAUCAUGGUUUAUCUUUAGUGAAUUAUGGGAACAGUAGGCUGCGAUCCCCUCCAGCAUGCUGCGUAAGCCUCUUCGGGUGAGUGCCAUUAAAACCAUGUCAUCGGCAUAUAGCAAAAUAUUCAGGCGUUUACCUUCAAGGGCUGGAGCCGAUGAGUUGUACUUUGCCAUGUACUGGACAAUGUCGUUUAUAUAAAAGUUGAAAAGAAAUGGGGCUAGCAGGCAUCCCUGUUUGACCCCUUCCCCAAUGGCAGUGGGUCCGUAAGAGUUCCCGAUGGCCCAGUUCUGAUUUUGACUGUAAUGUCUGUAUGUAACUCUCUGAGAAUUUUUAAAAGUCGUCUGUCAAUGUCCGUUUCAUAUAAUUUUUUCCAUAGUCUAUCUCUACAGAUUGAGUCGAAGGCAGAUGUCAAGUCUACGAAGGCCACAAAGAGUCUGCUCUUAUACGCUUUUGCAUAUUUAGCUACCAGGGUCUGUAGUACCAUACAGUGACCUAUCGUAUUGUGGCCCUUUCUAAAUCCUGCCUGUUCCUGGUUGAACAGGUUAGAAUGGUCCGCCCAAUCUACCAGCUUGUUUAAUAGGUACCGGGUAUAAAGUUUGUAUGCGAUGUCCAGAAGGCUUAUAGGGCGGUAGUUUGCUGGAUCUUGAAUGUCUCCCUUCUUAUAGAUAGGGACUACCACACUUAGUUUCCAAUUUGCUGGGAUUUUACAUGUGUUGUUCAUUGCCGUAAAAGUUUGGCCAAAAGAUGGCCCACCAUUGGGCAUUUAAUUUAAAAACCUCAGGGGGGAUCAUGUCCUCGCCAGGAGCUUUGCCAUUUUUUAAAGUUUUAAUUAGCUGUAGGCACUCUGAUUCCGUAACAGGAUCCCAACUAACUAGAUGCUCCUUCUUCAAUGGGAGGAGCGGACUCAAAUUAGCAGUAUUUGAGAGUGUGUAUAGCUUGAGAAAGUGUUGAUACCACACAUCGGAUGGAAUACUGCUGUUUACAAUUUUUCCUUUGGAUGAGACUCCCUGUGCUACUAUUGCCCAGAAUUUUCUAUCGUCUCGCGAUUUAAUCGCCAUAUCAAGUGCCUCCCAUUGUUUCUUCCUGUAAAGGGAUUUCUUGAGUUUUAAGGUGUAUUUAUAGUGAGAGCGCCAUCUGUGGAAAUUUACCAUAGAUGACAAUGUCCUCUCCUGUUUUACCUUAUUUUGUUGUUUCCUAAGCAGGGAUCUUAGCUUCCGGCAGUCUUUGUCAAACCAGGCCCCCGAUUUGUUAUGUUGUAUGGGAGGCCUGUAACCAUCCUAACACGAAGAACAAUUGGUGUUUUGCUUAGUUUCUUCCAUACCAGGGGAGGACAAUUGGUGAUCCCGGCAUUAAGAGCUUUCGUUGGGAAAGCUAUUCCCCAGAUGUUAUAUGGGAUAGAACUCUGGGGGUGGAACCAGAGGCUGUUGGAACGGCUUGAAAUUUUGCAAAACUACUAUCUCAAGAAGAUUCUAGGCCUUCCUCAAGGAACCCCAGCAGCCUUCUUGAGGGUGGAGGUUGGUUUACCCUCUGUGUCUGCCAGGGCCCACUUAAGAUUCCUACGAUUUUACAUCAACCUUGCAAACUCUUCAAACACCUUAUUGGCCAAACAAGCCUUCGUAUCUUUUCAAAAGAAUACCACUUGGCGCCAAAACUUAUCUGAGAUCCUGGUUAGAUACACCCUACCGGAGUUUAAUAUCCUCAAACGGUGGAGCCCGGACAAAGUCCGGAAUGGAUCCUGGAGAGAGACGCUCUGUUAGAUACCACAAAAAUACAGAUCCCAGGGUCCUCCCACUGGCUUCCCCGACUGAAAGCAGUCAAAAUCUGCGCCAACUACUUGGCGAAUAUCACCAAUCCCACCCUUCGGAGAGCCUUUACUAUGGCCCGUUUUCAAACCAUUCCCUACGGCCUAUCUGUCAGGCAGAUAUGCAAAAAUCCCAGUAGAGCAGCGGAUAUGUCCUUGUUAUAUGAGAACCAAAGAGGAUCUCAUACAUUACAUGUUGUAUUGUCCCAUCUAUUCGGCCUUCAGGGAUGCGAUGUUACAAACUAUUCCUAAAUCAAUAGUCAACUCUGAGGACCAAGUAAAGUUUUUACUGGUAGACGCUGAUCCACGGAUUUCUCACGUGGUAGCGGUCUUUGUGGUGAAGGCUAUGAAAACUAGGGUAUGGUUCCUGGAUGAAACGGUGAGGUCCCUCCCAUUGCUCUCCUAACCUGUUGCUGUACCUUCUUCCUUGAAUGGUGGGGUUUUUGGGUAGUUUCCUUGCUGGGACAACAUGGCAUGAAUUUUAGCUUACUUUUAUAAUCUUUCUGGUUUAUCUUUUAACAAUGUUUUAUGGUAUUUUGUGUAAAGGCAUGGACCUCACAAAUUUAAUAAAUAAAUUUGUUUGUUUGUUUGUUCCUCUGUCCCUCACCUCCUCCACCACAAGAGACCUUUGCUGUGCUGUGGGACCAUUUGAAUGUAGACCUUUCUAUUUCCAGUUUGGGUCCCAUCCCCCCAGUACACACAAGCAGGGUGUCCCCAUAUAAUCUGGUCUGUGUCAGUGGCCAGGGGUCAAUUUCUGCCCUUAGCUUCUGUUAAGAAUCUGUGAACAUACGAAGAACCCUGCAGGAUUGGGCCAAUGGGGGCCCAUCUAAUCCAGCAUCCCAUUCUCACAGUAGCCAAUCAGAUGCCCGUGCAGAAGAGCUGGUAUUAUUUAGUGUCUGGUGUUUGGAGGUAGAAUACAACCAUCAUGGCUAGUAGUCAUUGAUAACCAUGACUCCAUGAAUUUAUCUAGUUCUCUUUUAAAUCCAUCCAAGUUGAUGGCCAUCACCAUCUCCUGUGGUAGGGAGUUCCACAGUUAAACAUUGUGGUGCAUGAAGGAGGACUUUCUUUUGCCUGUUCCAAAUCUCCCAAUAUCCGGCUUCACUGGAUAGCCCUGAGUCCUAGAUUUACAAGAGAGGGAAACAUCUCCCUGUCACUUGGAGAACCUGGGGCUUCUUUGGAGGGGAGUGGGGUAUGCCUGCCCCUUCGCAGAUGCCUUGUGACUUCCAAUGGGGCUGACACCAGGUGUGCCACUUGAUGGCUUCCGGCUUCCAUGGGGCUGCUGGUGGGGUAUUGCAUGGUCUUGGAGAUAUGUAAUGGGAGCCUCAACAUUCAUAACGUGUGUGUGUUUGUAAGGGCAAGUUGCAAUUGUUGAGCAUUUCAUCUUGGGACAGAAAACACAGAGCAGAAGGCAUAUAAGGGCAUGACUGACGAGGGAGAAUCAUCCAGUGAAGGUAAGGGACUUGGGCAGUUUGUGAAAGCUCCAUAUAAUUAUAGUAAUUCAGGGCCACUGCAACUUCAAUCACAGCUUCCAAGGGAUCCAAUACAACUUUUUGCCCUUGUCUUUGCCUUUCAUGGAAUUGUAGAGUUGGAACAGAGGGUCAUCUGGUCUAAGCCCCUGCAGUGCAAGAAUCAUUUUGUUCCCUGUGCAUUCUGUAGGGAUGCCACUCGCCAUACCUUGUUCCCAAAGAUCACCGCUUUGAUUGCACCUUAAAAAGAUAUGUUGAUCUUGCACUAUUUCCCAGCAACAUAAAUAGUACAGUGUGCAAGUUCUCCCUAAAUCAGACUUUGUCAACAUGGUGUGCUCCAUAUGGUUUGGACUACAACAACCAGCAGCCCCAACUAAUAGGGCCUAAUAGUGUGGUGCAGGGGCUGAUGGGAGCAUGGCUAUGCUUGCAGGGGCUGAAUAAAAACAACAGAGAAGGGAAAAAGUUUAAAACAAAUAUCAAUAAACCAUUGCAGGAGAUGUGCUUUAAUUGCUUGCAUAAGUCUGACAGAAUAAAAAUGUUUUCAGCAGGCGUUUAAAAGUUGACACAGAAUACAACCGCUGGUUCUUCCUAUGUCUUUCCCUAACCCUGAGAGGGAAGUUAGACUGAGAGACAGAAACUGGCCCCAAAAUCACCCAGUGAGCGUCAUGGCUGCACGGGGAUUUGAACCCUGGUCUCCCUGGUCAUAGCCUGACAUGUAGAGGUCCUUCUCAUUUACCCCUUCUGCUCCUGUUAUGUGACUCUUUCGUCCUGCCUUCGGCACCCUGGCACCCUCUAGAAUAUGACUCCUAAGUGGCCUCCAAAGAAGCAGCCAAGGGGAACAUGCCCCUUUGGGUCAAAAAAGGGGUCGCCACCCCCCUGUUGAACAAAUGUAGUGUUUUUCUGCUCAUUGCAGCAAGAGGCAAACAGUUAUGAUGAGAGCUGUAAAUCAGGAAUGCUUCACGUGUGGUCCUCAGCAUAGAAUCCUAGAAUUGUAGAGAGCCCAAGGGUCAUCUAGUCCAACCCUUGUGAUGCAGGGAUCACAGCUAAAGAAUCCCUCAGGCGACCAUCUAACCUCUGUUGAAAAACCUCCAAUGAAGGAGAGUCUGCCCUCCAAAGUAGUCCGUUCCACUGUGAACAUGUGAUUGGACUCCAGCUCCCAUCAUCCCUGGUCGUUGGCCAUGCUAUUUGUUAGACCUGAGAGGAGAUGCAGCUCAUCAACAUCUGUAUGGCCCCAGCUGUAAACAGCACUCAACUUUCCCCUUGUUCCUUUAAAAGUAUGCAGAGAGUUUUCACCAGACUCAUUGUUUGGUGGCAACAAGGUCUAGAACCUUGAAACCGCCCAGGCCUUCGGAAGUGCCACCUCCCUGCAGAACGUUGGGCAAGCUAUCAUGAUUCUUGCCAGCCUGGUGGGUUGCUGCAGCCUCCUCCGUCCCCUACUCAGGUCGCCUCCACUCCAUCAGCCACCUCCUGCAACUCCCAGAGGCCGCAUCCCAGAAGGAGGUCGUCCUCUGCAUUGUGAAGGCUGCUCGCAGCCAGCCAGCUGCCGUGAUACCAGUUCUUGUGGUGAUGCUCCAGCAGGACGAGGUAGGAAAAACUGCUUCUCUAACUUAGACCGUUUUCCAAGACCGGUUCCCCCCACCUCAAGUGCCCUUCAGAGAUUAAGAACCACAAAUUCCAUCAGCCCCAGCCUGAGAAUUGUAGACCAAAUCCUCUCAAGAGCACCAGCACCAGUUGUCAAAGAGUUAAACAACUAUAUAAGUUUUUGCAGGCAUCUGAACGUAACCCUACUUCAGGAAGCUUUUAAUGUUUGAUGCUGUAUUUUUGUUGGAAGCCGCCCGCAACCCAGUCAGAUGGGCAGGGUAAAAUAAUAGAGAUUAAAUGGACAGGUCCUUCCCUCCAUGCUCAGAAACUCUCUCCCUCUCUCUCUUUCCUUCCUGCAGGCUUCUGCCUGGCAGAAGGUGGCCAUCUAUCGCAGUCUGCAGGCCAUGAUGGAGCACGGCCUGGAGGUGGAGCCCGCCGGCCAAUUCAUCCUUGCGGCCUGCAAGCAUCUGAGGGCAUCCCCAGAUGUAAGGAUACCACAGAUGACUCUCAGAGGCAUCUCCCUCCUUGGUGGUUAAUUCUGGGUUGUUGUUGUUGCUUUUAAGACAUCCUGAGGCCAAACCCUGCUUUGCGAGCUCCCAGCCAUGUGGUAGGUGGGCGGGCCAGGAUUUUCAUCCUGCCUCCUUUGUUUUAUUUUAUCAAUUGCAUUUAUCUCCCACCAUUCCCCAUCCCCCACCAAGGAGCUCAAAUAUACAAACAUGGUUCUCCCUCCUCCUCAUUUAAACCCCAUAACAACCCUGUGACUUAGGAUAGGCUGAGAGGCAGUGACUGGCCCAAGGCCACCAAAGGAGCUUCUCACCCUGGGCCAGCAGGGGGAUACUGUAGAUAGUUCAGAUCCACAUAUGCAAAUAAGGGAUCGAAAGUGACGUUCAGUGAUUAGAUAGUUACAGAAAGUUGUUACAGUUACGUUGUAGUGGAGCUCUAUAUAAGCAGGCUGGCUGAACCCUUCAGUUCAGUUCUAUUCUGGCCUGUGAAUAAACAAGAGCUGUUUGAAGAAUCGCUGUGUCGUCUGAUAUGUUCACCCACAACUUAACACCCAGUGUUCCUAGUCAGACGCUCUAACCACUAUGGCACACCGGCUCCCUUUGCUGCCAGGUUGCUGGACUUUGUGCUUCCUAAUCUCAUUUCCACCCUCUCAGCAGGAAGUGCCCCGAGAGCUUCAGGCAGCGGCAAGCAGCACCCUGGCCACCUUUGCCUGCUAUCACUUCCACCCCAUAAUGAUGGAGCUCCAGCACCAGCUCAAGCCCUUUGCCCCGCCAGAUGAGUUCACCCUCCUGACCCUGGGGAAGAUCGCAGCCAACAAUGGUACAAGGGCAAGUUCCUGUUAGAAUUCCUGUUGUCACCCUACACUUGAGUAGGACCCUGGUAGAGACACAUGCCCGACUGGCAUGUUCCCUCCCUCCUGGUCGAUUGUUCGGGAGCUUCAAAAGCUUUCUUCAGCCCGAACAUCACAGUGACCGAUGCCAACCGACACCGGCACACUUAGAGAACCACAGAGUCUUCCCAGCUUGCGGAACAGACCUCAGCAACUCAGCAUUUUGGCUAAUCUACUUUAUUUACAUAUAAACACACACGGAGCACUGCAACAUGGCUCCCUCUCUCUCUAGCAUCAGACAGCAAAGAGAAAGAACAAAGGACAAUAGUCCCAUUUCACGGAACACAGUAACACAAACAUCCUGUCUCCCGUCACUUCCCACUCUGUGGAGUCAAAACAUACACCAUCAUGUGCUAGACAACAAUCCCAUGACUGCAAUCAUGGAGCAGGAAUUCUCCUGACAGUUCCAUCUUCACCCCUGCCCUGAACCAAAUUGCCAAGAGUCUAAUAUGGCUCGUGAUCUGUCCCGGGAAGCACCUUGAUAAAACCCAGGGGAGGUUUCAUUCCCCACCCCAGGGUACAAUCAAGCACACUUCCUGCUUUCUCUGCCCAUCUCUCCUCAGUGUACAGCUGCGUCCCUUUCCUGGGCAUCACCCUAACCACCCUCCAGACCGCCAUGCGCCGGAUUGAGGAUGGACGGAGGCGCAGGGCUCUCUGCACAGGUGGGUCCCGCAGGGCCUCCUUAAGCGAUGCUUUGCAAACUUGGGACACCUUACUCUAUGGUCUUAACCCCUUCAUGCAUUAAUUAGAGUUAAAAGCAUGUUGGUUAUAUGAGGCUGAGUUAUCCCCACCGUUCUCACAGUAGCCAACCAGAUGCCCAUUCAGGGAAGCCUGCUAGCGGGACCUGAGCACAGGAGCACCCUCCUCACUUGUGGUCUCCAGCAACCAGCUUUCAGAAGCAUUGCUGCCUCCAUCUGUGGCAGCAGAGUAUAUGCAUUCUGGCUAGGAGCCAUCCAUAGCCUUCUUUUCCUCCGUGAAUUUGUCCUGUCCUCUUUUAAAGUCAACAAAACACCAACACCACCACAAACUGGCUUAUAAGUAUAAAACCAAAUUUACUAGAAUAAUAACUUCAUACUGAGCAAACCAUUUUGUAUGACUGGGUAAGGUAUAGUAUGAGACUGAUAUUUUCUAAUUUUUAUGGUUUACCACACAUUUUAAUUGGAGUGCUAUUUUGUAUCAAGCAGCUUUUCAGACUGUUGAAGCGUGUAGCGAAACCUGUAAUAUAUCCGGAGAACAGGUCUCCUUUUGCCCACUUGCGUUAUUCUCACCAGGGUGGUGGCUUUGAUUUGCCUUCCUGUGAUUGGUCCAUGCAUAUUGCUUUCUGUUUCCAACUCAAGACCUAUUGAAGAACAUCUCAUCCAGUUCAAUCUUUGAAAAACAGCUUUGAAAAACUUUUUCAUAUUCUCCAGUGUGCUACCCUUGCCAUUGUGGCGGCACGGGGUUGCCAUUCUGUGAUUGGACUUACGCUACUUGCUGAAUGGUUUAUCCAGUCUGUAUAACGUUUAUUGCACUUGUAACUUGUUAAGAUAUAGUUGUACAUUUAUCCACUCCAUGUUUACAGUAUCUCCUGGCUUUGUUUUGCACAUGGCACCUUAGUAUGUUUGUUGCUUGAAUGGUUACAAGUCUAUCUCGAUUCUAGUUAUUAUUCUAGUAAAUUUGGUUUUAUACUUAUAAGCCAGUUUGUGUUGUUGUUGUUUUGUUGUAUUAUUAUUACUGUCACCACAUUUGAUACUUUGUGUAUAUACUCUUUUAAAGUCAUCCAAGUUGGUGCCCAUCAAAGCCUCCUGCAGGAGUGAGUUCCACAGUUUAACUAUGGAAGCAGAACUUCCACCUUGGUUAACAUGCUCUGCCUUUCAUUUCUCUCUCUCCACCCCCUUCUCUGUUAUCUGUUUCACAUUCCCAAGCUCUGGAGCAGAUGUGUGGGGCAAUCCGGAUAUACCUGCGGACCUGGGAGCGAAGCUCUUACCCCCGCAUCAGCGUCCAGCAGUUCUCUGCCUACCUGCUGCCUCUCUACUCCUGCAUGACCCGAACUUGGCUCCCUGGAUGCGAUGCACAGGUGAGGGGUGAGGGGCGAUCAGUCAGCCCCCACCCCAUAACCAGCAGGGUGCCUUCGAUCAACCCUCUCCUGGGACUCUCUCCAUCUGGGGAGGGGUUCUGGGUGACUUUACUGUCUCCCCAGGGAUUGUGCUGCUGGUCCUUGGAUGAAAGAGGGACACUUUCUACAGUGGGAAGAUUUUGCAGCCUAGAGUAGAGGUGACUGGUCUUUUUCAGACCGAGGGCCACAUUGCAGGGGCUGCAGGUCACUGGACAUUAAAAAAAUUUUUUUAAAGGGUUUCAUAGGGCAGAGGACUCGGGAGGCCAGAAAAAUCUUUUAGCACCAUAGUAUCACAGCACAGGAACCACAGGACUAGUCAGUAAAAUGUUUUUUUUUUAAUACAGUGGAACUCUGGAUCUCGAACGCCUUUGUACUCAAACAUUUUGGCUCCCAAACACCGAAAACCUGGAAGUAAGUGUUCCGGUUUUCGAACGUUUUUCGGAAGCCAAAUGUCCGAUGCGGCUAUCGGCUAUUGUUUCCGGGGCACCUGCACCAAUCGGAAGCCCUGCCUUGGUUUUUUGAACGUUUCAGAAGUUGAACGGACUUCUGGAAUGGAUUACGUUCGAGAACCAAGGUACCACUGUAGUUAAAAAAUGGACAGAUUUUGGAGGGCCUUGAGAAGGGGCACAAAAACAUCUUGGCAUCACAGGAUCACAGCGGGUGACCUCUUAAAUUUAGAACUUAGUUUUUUUUUGUUUUUUAAACUCAGAAAAUGGUGGACUCUCCUUCAUUGCAGGGUUUUCUAUCAGGGAUUAUUUCAGCACUGUAGGGGGUUGGGCUGGGUGACUCUUGUGGGGGGGGGUCCCUUCUAACCCAACAUUCUAUCAUUUUUAAAAAAACGGUGACUUGAGUGGGACUUGAGCACAGCCUGUUCUUACAGUGGGGGGUGGGGGUGGCUCUGGACCACCCUUACCCCUCUGCCUCUCCCACUCACCAGCAGUCAAAUAGCACCUCACACUUCAGUCAGCACUAACCCUUUUUUCUGCAGGCAGAUAUCUCACUGGGCAAGCAAACUGGCCCAGGCCAAAAACAUGUGUGGUUUCUUGCAGCCCCCCCCCCCAAACUAGCUCUCUCCCCUUAGUGACUGGGGGAGGACCCUGCCCUGUCACCAGUGUGGAAGGUGGGUUUCCCAUCUUGCCUCCAAAUGUCUUGUGACGGCUGCUGCCUCGCCACCCCCAAAGGUCCAGCUGGCAGUCUUGAAGACCCUGAGCCCCAUCCUGCGACUCCUGCUGCCCAGGACAGACUUCCAGGCUCAGAUCUACAGCGACAUCUCUCUGCUCCUAGCCCAGUAUGAUAGCAGCACGGAGACCUUCCUCGUUACAAAGGUGAGCAUUGCGGAUUGCUGCUCCCCACUGGCACCCAGGACUUGAGCAGGCCACCCCAAGCUCAGCUGCUAUAUCAAUUUCUAUUUAGGUGUAUAUACAUUUUAUCUGUUUAAAAAUAUAUAUAUAUUGCCGUGAUUUUUGUGGUGUGGGGGUGGUCUUCGAUUGCUUGCAAUAAACCCUGGAGAGGAGGAGUCAAAGGCAGCUGCGGGGAUCCAGGGACCCUUCAUCUCAGCAACUGGUUUCAGGGAAUGAGCUGUUGUGCUCAUUAAGCCCGAGACUCAGCCCAGUUUGUGAAGAUAGUGUUUUUGCUAAUAACAAUACUAAUAAUUUAUUGUUAAUAUGCCACCCGUCUGACUGGGUUGCCCCAGCUGCCCUGGGCAGCUUUCAACACAUUAAAACAUGGGUAGGCAAACUAAGGCCCGGGGGGCCGGAUCCGGCCCAAUUGCCUUCUAAAUCCGGCCCACGGAUAGUCUGGGAAUCAGCAUGUUUUUACAUGAGUAGAAUGUGUCCUUUUAUUUAAAAUUCAUCUCUGGGUUAUGUGUGGAACAUAGGAAUUCGUUCAUAUUUUUUUCUUCAAAAUAUAGCCGCCGCCCCCCACAAGGUCUGAGGUUCAGUGGACCGGCCCCCUGUUGAAAAAGUUUGCUGACCCCUGCAUUAAAACAUUCACAGCAAAACAUCAAACAUUAAAAACUUACUCAUACAGGGAUGCCUUCAGAUGUCUUCUAAAAGUCAGGUUGCUUUUUUAUUUCCUUGACAUCUGAAGGGAGGGUGUUCCACAGGGCGGGCACCAUCACUGAGAAGGCCCUUUGCCUCACUUCUUGCAGGGAGGGAACUGCCAGAAGGCCCUCAGAGCUGGACCUCAGUGUCCAGGCUGAAUGAUGGGGGUGGAGACGCUCCUUCAGGUAUACAGGGCCGAAGCCUUUUAAGGCUUUAAAGGUCAGCACCAACACUUUGAACUGUGCUCAGAAACAUACUGGGAGCCAAUGUCAUUUUUCUUAUGCCUGUUGCAGAUCCUGGGCCAGAUCCUGGAAGCGUCUCUUGUGAACAACAACCCUAUUCCAAGGGAGCAUGUGGGGCCCCUCACCUGCGCUCUGGUUCGCCAGGUGAGAGGGGGGAAAUUUUGGAGCCAACCCAGGAGGCAGGUGGCAAUGGUGCUGUAAGAACAUAAUUUGAGGCUGCUGGAUCAGGCCAAUGGUCCAUCUAGUUCAGCAUCCUGCUCUCACAGUGGCCAAGCAUAUGCUCCGAUGGGAAACCCAAAAGCAGGAUCUGAGCGCAAGAGCAUGUUCCCUUCCUGCAGUUUCCAGCAAUUGACAUUCAGCAGCAUGGCUUCCUCCGAUUGUGGAGGCAGAGCAUAGUCACCAUGGCUGGUAGCCAUUGGUAGCCUUUCCCGCCAAUUUGUCUACUCUUUUAACGCUAUCUAGGUUGGUAGCCGUCACUUCCUCCUUUCGGAGUUCUAUAGCUGAACUACAUGCUGCAGGAGCAACAAAUCACUGAUAAAAUGCCAACAUCCUUCCUCCCCUUAGAUCUGCAGCAGGGGACAGAAAUGGCCGCCUCACCCGCAAUGCGAGGAGAACUUCAAAGAGAUCGCUCGCAUCUUCCUGCGCCUGGGUAUGGACAGAAAGAGGGGAGGCUCCCCAUCCCAGCUCGAACCAAGGGGAAGAGGGUGAAAAAUGGUGGUCACCCACCCCAUGGGCCCCUACACUUACUGGGAGCAUGGGAAGUCUAGCUCAACAUUCCCUACACUGACUGACAGCAGCAGCUCUUUGUGGGUUUCAGGCUGUAGACAUUCCGAGCCCUGGCUGGUGAUGCCAUUGGGGAUUGAACCAGGCAAAGCAGGUCCUCUAGCACUUAAGUUUCUAGUCCUCAUGGUUCCAGAUCAAGAGCUGAUUUGAAUAGGAACAGAGGAAGCUGCCUUAUUACCAAGUCAGCAUUAUCCACACUGACUGGCAGCAGCUCUCUGGGGUUUUCCAGAUAAGGAGUCUCUACCAGCCCAACUGGGGAUUGAACCUGUGACCUUCUGCAUGCAAGUCAGAUGCCCUGGCACUGAGCUACGGCUCCUUCUGCUCCCCCACAGCCCGUCUGCACCCCUCUGGGCUGAUGGGGGUCUUCCAGGGGAAGGUGGAGGAGCGCCAAGAAGACGUCUGUGCGGUGCUCCUGGCGUUGUUCUCUGAAAUUGUCAGUGCCCAGUGUAAGUAUCUGGAGAGGAAGGGGGUCUAGGCUCUUACAGCUGCCCCCCCCCCCUGUACCUUAGACCCCCAACUUCCCUCCCAGGGAAAGAGCAUCCUAAGAGUGUUAAGUGAGGAAGAGAGUUUCUGGCCCAAAUUUGCCCUCAGCCCUGACCUUGUGAGGGAGGCCAAGGCCCAACCCCUCUUCUCAUCUGCAACAGGAGGAACCUGAUAGUUCUGAUCACCCUUGCAGGGCUGUUGUGAAGAUUACUGAAGUGAUGUAAGGAACGUCCCUUGACAGGUGAAAGAGCUUUCUGCAGUAGGACAGCCUUUAAUGGAAGAACUGGUUAGAGCCAUUCCUUAAAACCCAUAAUUAUAAAUAAUAAUAAUAAUACAGUGGCACCUCAGGUUACAGACUCCGCUAACCCAGAAAUAGUACCUCGGGUUAAGAACUUUGCUUCAGGAUGAGAACAGAAAUUGUGCUCCGGCGGUGCAGCAGCAGCAGGAGGCCCCAUUAGCUGAAGUGGUGCUUCAGGUUAAGAACAGUUUCAGGUUAACAACAGACCUCCAGAAUGAAUUAAGUUCUUAACCCGAGGUACCACUGUAUUCUUUUUUCCAGCCCGGGACUCAAAGUAGCUUACACAAAUUAAAACAACACAGAUAAAAGGCUAAAAACAUAUAAAAGAUAACAUUUAAAAAUGAAUUAAAUUUUAAUAGAAUUAAAACAAUAUAAGAAAAAUGGAUCAAAAUGCAGGUAGUGAAAAUAAAGUGACCACUCUGAUGAAUUGGGGAGCGUGCCUGUUUUUUAAUGACAGUUACGCUUAACUUUAAAAAAUGAUAAGAAUAUCAUAAUAUUAUGAUAAUGGAUAAUAACAAAUUGAUGUGAACUGAUGGUUGCCUCUUGUUCUUGUUAAUACGUAAUGUCGUUUGUAUGCUGCCCUUCCUCAGUUCAAACCAUGCUCGAGGCGGCUUCCAACAUGGGAAAAAUACAUCAAUGCAACGUAAUAAAAGUAGUCAUAAGCUAUAACUGCAACAUUUAAAAAUACACAAGCAAACUGAGCAAUUUCCACAUAAAUCACAAGAGCUAAAAUAAAGAUAACAACAACACAAAAACAGUAACAACUCCCCGAGCAACAUUAUUUUUCCUCCAGGUAUUUAUUUGUUUGUUGCAUUUAUGGCCCAUCUUUUUCUGCAAUGAUCUCAGAGGGACUUACUGUACAUGGUUUCCCCCCCUUCCUCAUUUGAUCCCCACAGCAACCCUGUGAGGUAGGCAAGGCUGAGAGGCAGGGCCUGGCCUCCAAGGUCACACCCAGUGAGUUUCAUGGCCGAGCAGAGAUUUGAACCCUGGUCUCCCUAGUCCUAGUCCAAUGCUUUAAACCACUACACCAUGCGCUCUCUCGCUCUCUCAUUGGACUCUGGCUCCCAGAAGUCCCACUAUGGCCAAUGGUCAGGGAGGAUGAUGAAGGGGGCUGGGCUAAGCCUUACCCGCCUUUCUCUUCCAGUGCCUGAGCUCUGGAGCAGGAGGCAGCUGUGCGUGAGGGUAGUCAAGGCCGCUCUGGGGGACGACAGCACCAGGGUGAGAAGGAGAAGGGAUUUGGGACGGCCAGCAGCAGGCCCAGGGACUCAGUCCUCCAGGUUGCUGUUGAGUCGUGUGCCCUGGGUGGGACAGGGGCCCCAAACACUUUUAAGUGCCUCGUGGUGCCCCUCUCGGGUGGCAUGGGACAUUGUCUUUCCUCGCCCGCUCUGGCUCUCAGGUCCGCCUGGCCACGCUCCAGGCCAUUGGGAGGCUGCUGCGCACCAGCUACCUGGAGAGAAUCGAAGGCUGGCCUCUGAACUACAUCUCCCUGCAGAUGGCUGUGUCUGCCCACCAGCUGGUGAGAGCGCCCAGGGGCCUUGCCCUGCCCUUAAGUGGCCUGGAUAUUUCAGGUCAGGGGGUGGGGUGGGGGCCAUCUCAGGAGCCUGUUCCUCUUUCAGACGCACCCCACACUGAGCCUCCCCUUGGGCGGCUUGGAGGAGAAGGCCAUUGGAAUUGCCAGCGCAGAGGUCCUCCACAUCGCUGUGGCUUCAGGAAGGGGCACCAGCCAGGUCAGAGACCCCUUGAAUUCGAGAAUCGAACGAUGGCAGGGGAGAUGGGGUUUCUAGUUCGUUCUCUCUCACACGUUUUAUUGCGUUCAAGAUCAUAAUCAUUGGGGGAAGUAAAUUAAACCGUUCACAUUCCUCAGUGUGUGUGUUCUGAAUCUAUAGUGUUAAUACGAGCCACUGGGGGUUUGCAUAAUACGCUCUUGUUGGUAAUGAAAGUUAUAAAAGGGAACCACACUAUGCCAGAACAAUGUUGUUUGGCCAAACCCGGACAGCCCUGCUGUGGUGAAUUAGAUAUUCCAAAAAUGCCGUUCUUCCAGAGAAGAAUGGCAGAUCAAGUUGAUGGAUUAUGCCAAAAUGUCUAAAAUGACCAGAAGACUCGGAAAUCAAGAAGACCAAAAUUUUAAUACGGAAUGGGGAUUGGAAUAUCACUUGUAGUUUAAUGGUGAAUUUUGGACACAAUGGAGAGGUAAAAGAUUUGGAUUAUCAUAAAAGAUGCAGGAGGAAAUGAUUAACAAUAGGACCCACAAAGGGGAGGUGAUCCCUAGGCUCAGUGGUUUAGACCAGAGCACCACCCGUGUCCAUAUAUAUAUAUAUAUAUAUAUAUAUAUAUAUAUUUCAAAAAAUGAAAUUUCCCGUACCCUUUCUAACCAUCUGGUUAAAGUCCAGCAUCUGGAAGGUACCAUAUUGGCUACCCCUGGCUAAGAGAUCUGAUCCAGAACCUUUUGUCCACUUAGCCUUGCAACACGUAGAGCAAAAGGGUGCCUCUGAGCAUGUACUGACUGAGAAAUUUGCCCCUUACAUGUGCAGGGCAGGGAAGUGAUGUUGAGGUAUGGAGGUGAAUGACUGGGGCUUUAAGGAGAAAUGGGCUCUGUAGGGCCAGGGAGGCCACUGGCUCCAAGCGCUGAACCCUCCCUCCUCUUCCUGGCAGGAAUUGUGGACCAAGUUGCUGAGCUACCUCAUGCAGCCCCCCUACAUGGCUUUAGUCACCCCCCUCUGCCACGCCUUGAGACUGCUGGCAGAGCAGCGACUACGUCGGGUGGGCCACAAGCAGAAUGGCCUGGGGACAGGUGGGUGCCACCAUGCCCGAUACUCGCCCCUCCAAGGCGGGCAGCACAGGAGUGGGGGAGCAGAAUAUGCAUUGGGAGGCUGAGUUUGGUCAGAAUCAAGUAUACAAUUCCAGAGUUAACACUAAAUACAAAACCUCUGGUAAAUAAGCCAUCAUAGCUGCUAAAGGACCUUGAAAAUUUGUGUCCCAGGCUUUUUAGACUCGUCUACCCAUGUACCACCUGAAACGAAUGGGGCACAAUUGUUGCCAGAUGUGGAAUAUUUUGGCAUUAUUUGGCAUUAUUUUCAGCUCUCCUACCCCACUACAGGCAGCCCCCAAAUGCCUCUCCAAUCCCAUUGAUUUAGGGAUGCAGAUGAAGUUGUCUCAGGGUCCUCUGCCAGUCUGCAGGAGAUUUUGGGGUAGACAGGAUGAGAAGGGCCAUAGCUCAGUGCAGAGAAGCUCCUUGGCAGGCAGAAGGCCCCAGCUUCAGUCCCAAGUGUCCCCCGGCUGAGCUGGGAAAGGCUCAUGCCUGAAACCCACUGCCAGAUGGAUCAACUCUCUAUCUCCCUAAGGGCAGCUUCUUACUAUGUUCCUAUUUACACCAGCCCUCACUUCCCUCCCCCUUGUUCUCUUCCUCUCUCCCCUUUCCAGGGGGUUUACCAACUCCACAAGAAUUGAUGGCGCAGCUCCUGGUAAGUGAUGUGGGUAACUGGGGAGGGGUGGGGAGUGGUUCAGGCUUCUAGCAGUUUCUGAAAGUGGGCUGCCUCAUUGCUAGACUCUUGGAGGAAACUGGACCCGAACUCACAUAUGCUUCCUAAGAAACAAGGUUGGGGGAGGCCCAGUUCAGUGGCAGAGCACCUGCCCGGCAUGCAGAAGGGCCCCGUUGCAAUCCCCACCGGCAUCUCCAGCUAGGGCUGCGAGAGACCCCCUUUCCCUGCCUAAAACCCUUCAGAGACAUUGCUGCGAGUUGGUGUGUAGUGUUGUAAACAAAAUCUGCCCUUUUUCCCUUAUGGGGUAUCCAAGAGCCCGUAUAGAGUCCUUACGUGGGUUCCCUAUUGGUAGGAGAAAAUAACAGAGGCCAACCAGAGAAUAUUGAGAAGCAAAGCAGCUAGUAAGCCUGAUCUUUAUUAAAGCUGUUGCAACAGGGUGCUCCCCUCACAUACAGGAGGACAGAGGAGGACCCAGAACAAAGGUGUGUCCGCCCUUAUAUAGACAUUUUAAAUUGCCCACCCCGGAGUCCAAGACCCCCAGAAACAUCAUACAUACAUCACAGAAGAGGUUGUCUACAACAGAAAUCUGAGUGCGUUGUUUAUCUCCUGUCUGGCAGGUUACCUGCUAAUGGUCACUUGAUUAGAUUACCUGGGGAGCCUGGCCAGUCUUUUGUAAUGAUAAAUACUUAGUUCCUGAGCCAGGUCACAGGCUCACCCUAUUCAUACACAGACAUACCCGUAAGACAGGAUUUGUGAACGAAAAGACAAUGGGGAGGCUGUUCCAUUUUCCUUCAACCUUGCAGAGAAAUAUUUGAGGUCAAUUUGGAAGGGACAAAAUGGUUUCAGGACUUUUUCUGUGGGGUUUCAGACAUGUGGUUUAUAUAUGCAGUUAUGGACAUUUAUCAUAUAAUUCUUAUAAUAGUAGAAAAUAGAGAGUUAGCUGAAACAGGUGACUUGUUUAAAAAUAAGUAAAUAAAGCCUCCCUACCAGUCUGUGUUGGGUGUGGAUUUAGGCUGGUGAGCAUGGGGCCCCAGUGGCCUCCAGACUCCAGAAGGCCACAGAGGUGGAAGCAGCCUGACCUGGGUGAACCACCUUCCUGACCUGGAGACCCUUGCUCUCCUCCUCUGCAGGCCCUUGCUGUCUCCCCCUUGGAAGGGACUGGCCGAGGAGCUGCCGUGCUGCUCCUGAUGAACGCCCUACGCCCAGAGGCCUACAGGGAUGUGGGGGAGCACUGGUGGGUGGAGAUACCUGCCCUGGUCCGCUACCUGGAAGGUGAGAUGAGAGGAAAAACCAACCCUCCCCUCCCCUGCCCUGCCCUGCCGAGCUCAGCUGACACACCUGUGUGUGCAGAGGGUCAAUUUUUGCCAAGAGUUGCUGGCGGACGACCCCUCCUCUAGGAUGGUGUCUGACCAAGCCAGCAACUCCACAUCUGCCACCAGGCCUGAGCCUGGAAUCUCCUGACUCUUCCCCUAAAAAAGAAGAAGAAAACAAAACAAAAAAGCCUUGGGGGGGGGAAAUAUAUAAAUUAUUUCUUUGCUUAUAUAUAUUUAUAUACUGCAUUUAUGGGUUGCAUUUAUUGGUUUAUAUAUUUUUUAUUUUAUCUGCAGACGCAAUAAACAUAAAAACAAACAAAUCAUCAAGCUAAAAAUAACAAUAGGAACAGUCAUAAGAACAAGAGGAAUAAAAACACAAGAUAGCAGAACCAGAAAACAAUAAUAGAAAGCUUUAAAAAAGGAAUGAGUAGCAUUUGGCCACCUUCACAUAUAUUUGGCAUGUUUUGAAUAAAUAUGAGCCUUGUAUUCCACUAUGGAAUGCAUUUUAUGCAAUUUGUUGCAUUUAUAUCCCACUUUUUUCUCCAAGGAACUCAAGGUGGCACAUGUGGGUUCUGACCCACUCCUCAUGUAAUCCCCACAACAAGCGUGUGAGUUAGGUUAAGGUGAGAGGCAGUGGCUGGCACCCAAGGCCCCCAUUGAACUUCAUGGCUGAGUAAGGAUUCGAAUCCUGGUCUAUCCCAGAUCCUAAUCCAACACUCUAAACAUGACACCAUUCUGGCUCUCUCCCCAGAACAGUGCUGGGGAGGCCCCACCCAGCCACCCACUAUCUAGAUCUGCUCAAUUGCAGAUGAAUCCUUAGAGGUCUAAUCUGGCAAUAAGCAGCAUCAAAAUUCACACGCAAUAAUAACAACAGUAACCAAUUCACUUGGCCAGGGAAAUACUGUUAGUGAGUCAGAGUAACGCCUGGCAGCAGGAGUCCUACAGAGUUCUUCCCCCCUCUGAAAGUAUGCCUAAAUUGGCACAGUUGAUGCAGAUCUGUGACAUGGCCCUAUCGCAAGAGUGGUUCAGGUGCCAGCCGCAACCCCAGUCUGGCAGUGGUUUCUAUAUGUUACUGAGUGGCACCUUGUUUUUAUGAUUGUGGGUUAUCUAUGGGUGUGACUCUGGCCGAUCUCCAGCCUAUGCCAGAAUCACCCAGCCCUCCUUGUCUUCCCCAAAAGGAGCACUGACUCCACUCCCCAGUGGCACCCCCUGCCUCAAGCCCUGGAGAGCUGCUGCCAGCCUGGAUAGGCAGCACUGGGCUGGCUAGUCUGAUUCUGUCUAAUGCUGCUCCUCUCCCAAAGGCCACAGCAAGUACACGCUGGAGCCCGCAGCCUGGGAAGCCAAACUCUUGGAGGUAACGCCAGUGGGGCGAGCAAACGCACUGUUCCUGUGGCACUGCUGACCCUCCUCGGUGACCCCUGUUUCCACCGGUGCCUCCUCAGUUCCUGCAGAAGUCCUUACGGAGGAGCGAAGCGGGAGGCUGGAACCUGGUGCUGGGGAAGGAACUCGCCAAGCAGCUGAACACCUACCACAACUCCUCUGCGGAGAAAGUCAGUGCUUUUCCCCUGCCCCCUCCCCCCACAAAUACCGAGUAUCUCCCCAUCCAGCUGUGCACAAUGAAUGCCCAGCCCCUCACCUUCCUAUGAACAGCUGGGCUGGAGCAUUUGCCAAAGGGGUGGGGGAGGAAUUUGAUCUGGUUCACCUGCAAAGCCAAAGCACUUUGUGAAGCAAUUCACAAAUCGAAACGCAUGCCCAUUCUUCGAAAGUUGCGCUUCUCUGAAUUUUGCAGUGCGGUUCUACACCCAUGUGUCCGGAAAUGCAUAGCUAUUGACAGCCCUCUCCUCUGUGCAUUUCUCCAGUCUAACCUAGUAAAGGUAAAGGGCCCCCUGACCAUUAGGUCCAGUCGUGACCGACUCUGGGAUUGCGGCGCUCAUCUCGCUUUAUUGGCCAAGGGAGCCGGCGUUCAGCUUCUGGGUCAUGUGGCCAGCAUGACUAAGCCGCUUCUGGCGAACCAGAGCAGCGCACGGAAACGCCGUUUACCUUCCCACUGGAGCGGUACCUAUUUAUCUACUUGCACUUUGACGUGCUUUCGAACUGCUAGGUUGGCGGGAGCAGGGACCGAGCAACGGGAGCUCACCCUGUGGCGGGGAUUUGAACCGCCAACCUUCUGAUCGGCAAGUCCUAGACUCUGUGGUUUAACCCACAGUGCCACCCGCUUCUAACCUAGUCUAACCUAGAUGGCUUUAAAAGAGUAUUAGGCAAAUGCUUGAAGGAGACGGCUAUUGGUACUUCUUAGCCUUGAUAGCUAUGCUCUGCAUCCAUGGUCAGAGGCAGCGAUGCUUCUGAAUGCCAGUAGAGGAGAGGGUUGCUGUUGCACUCAGGUCCUGCUUGCAAGUUUCCCACUGGUGUGUGUGGGUGGCCACGAUGUGAAGAGGAUGCUAGUCUAAGAUGGGCCCCCUUUGGCCCAGCUGCAGGUCCUUCUAAUAUACUAGAGGUAAAUUGUGCCUAAGGUCUUAGCCGCAGUGGGUGAUACACCUUGGUUGUGCAUGUAUGUGUCUGCUAUGUCGUUGGCUGGCUGGGGUCUGUGCUGCUCAGCUUGCCACCACCCUCCCUCUCCCCUCUAGGGCUUCCUCUACAAGGCCUUGGGGAUGGCGCUGUCUGCCGCAGGGGACGCGGAUGGGGUGGCGCAGACACUUCUGGAUCUGCUGCUGCACACAGAUUACACGGAGGAAGCCCAGCGAAAGGCAAGCCCUGCUACUUGGGGGCGGGAGGGGGGCGGUGUAUGCCCUCCAUUAACCUGCUCCCCACCCCCACCAAAUGUACCCAAAUUUGGCACAACGGUUCCAGAGAUCAAGCUGUGACUCCUGCCUUGCAGGGGUUUGGACUUGACGAUCCUCGGGGUGUCAGGGGCUCAGUCUACACUCGAGUAGGACCCUGGUAGAGACACAUGCCCGACUGGCAUGUUCCCUCCCUCCUGGUCAAUUGUUUGGGAGCUUCAAAAGCUUUCUUCAGCCCGAACAUCACAGCGACCGAUGCCAACAGACACCCGCACACUUAGGGAACCACAGAGUCUUCCCAGCUUGUGUAACAGACCUCAGCAACUCAGCAUUUUGGCUAAUCUACUUUAUUUACAUAUAAACACAUGGAGCACUGCAACAUGGCUCCCUCCCUCUCUAGCAUCAGACAGCAAAGAGAAAAAGAACAAAGGACAAUAGUCCCACUUCACGGAACACAGUAACACAAACAUCCUGUCUCUGUCACUUCCCACUCUGUGGAGUCAAAACAUAUACCAUCAUGUGAAAGACAAAAAUCCCAUGACUGCAAUCAUGGAGCAGGAAUUCUAACACGGGGAUCCCUUCCAACUCUACAAUUCUAUGGUUCCGGGAACUUGGCGGUUAGUGGACUCUCCUUCACUGGAGGUUGGAUGCCUGUGGGUUAUGGAUUCUUCCUGAAAUGCAGGAAUCACAUCUAAAUAAAACCCCACAGGUGAGCAUCUGAGCUCUGCUGAAAAGCCUGCAAUGAAGGAUAGCCCACCACCUUUUGAGGGAGUCCGUUCCAUAGUCGAACAGCUCUUACCCUCAGUAAGUUCUUCCUGAUGUUUAAUCAGAAUAUCCCUUCUUGUCAUUUGAAUCCAUUGGUUCAGGUCCUCCCCUCUGGAGCAGCAGAAAACAGGCUGGCUCCAUCUUCCACGGGACAGCCCUUCAGGUAUUUUGAGACUGGCUCUCAUAUUACCUGUCGGUCUUCUGUUCUCCAUGCUAAACAUACCCCGAGAUCAUGGAGCAGGUUUUUGUUUGUAUUCUGAGACAAUUGGAUGCUGCUCUGAAUCAAGACGGUGGGCUGAACCUUUCAAAAUUACACUGAUUUUAACCAAAUUUGAUAGGAAUGUAUAUUCUGCUUUACCUGACAACCUGAACAUGAAAAUGCAUAGUUUGUUUUUUCACCAAGGGACUAAAAAAUUAAGUCAUCCCUCUAUGUAUCUUUUUGGUUUCUUCGUAUUCCAGAGAAAUGCUCGGUGCAUAAUGUUAGGGGAAGUUUUUAAAAAUGUGAAUCUUAUGCAAAAUUGUACAUUAGGAGAAUUGGGUGAUGCAUCUUCAUAAGGACUUAAAAACAAUCUCAAAGUUAUGCAGAAAUAUGGAGAAAGGAACCUUAAGAUUGGAAAAUUGAGCAACUGAGAAAUACAAAAAUUGACUGAUUCACCCAUCCCUAUUUAAGGCUAAGUAGGGGCUGCACCCCUGCUUGCUCCUACUUCCCUUAGGCCUCACCAACCCGCAUUACAGCUCACCUACCAACUAGCAUCAUCAGUGUGAGGUGGCCAGCAGCAGCAGAGCAGAAUAGUUGCUGGGGAGCUGCCCUAGCCUGUCCUGACUGGUCCUCUGUUUGAACUGCCAGUCUGUCCUCUCACUUGUCUGCCUGGGGCAUGUGCCUGAUAACACACAGGGGAGGCCCAGCCACUUGCCUGCCAGCCUCCACCUCCACUUUCCUCCUCCUUGCUCUCUGACCAUUGUCACAAUGGCCCAGCUUGUUGUCAUGCUGUAGUUUGUAGUGCCACCUGUUGGCCAGCAUGAGAAUUGCAGCACGAUGACGUUCUUUCAUUUUUAUUAUAUUUAAGAGAUAAACUUGAAGUGUAGAUAGACCCGGAGGAAGAAGAUGGAAAAGCGGGUGGACUGGAUCCUGUGGGAGGGAGUCCGGAUUUUUCUGGAAGCUGGUUACAGCCUAGGGUCAUUCCUUCUCACCCGCAGGGGGUUUGCUGGUGUGUGGUCUAUUGCGCUGAGGGACAGCUGACGGCUGUGCUCCAGACCCUGAGUCGCUUUGAGGAGGUGAUCUCCGAGGGGGAGGAUUCAGCUUACCAUCACUUUGGCCAGGUUCAGACUUCCCUGCUUUCCCCCUUUUCUUUCUUCCCUCUCUCCCCCAGCGGCUGUGGAGUUGGGGAGGCUUGAGAGCAGAAUUUACCAUUUCCAGGGCCAUAGCUGAGUUUCAGAGCGAGUGACUGAAACUCUCAUCAGAAGAGUCUUCUGCUCCCGCUUAUGGAGGCAAAUGGGAGCCCUGGGAGACAAGACGGCUUUGCCACGAAUGCGAAUCUUCCUCCUCAACCAUAGAGCUUGCCGGAGCCAGGGAGAAGCAGCGUGAAGAGUGCCCUCCUCCUGCUUUAUGGCAGCAUGGCGGUCCGUGCCCCCCAGGAACAGCUUCUGCCUCUGCUGGCGAACGAGAUUGUGCCACGGAUCCUGCGCCAUUACACAUCUAGCGGCCCAGAGUUGACUUACUUUACGGUGAGUCUUCUCCACCACAAAUGGAGGGGAGCAGGGAUAAGGAUUGGGGCCAGAGUAUGGGCAGGAGGGGUAGAGGGGCAGCUGGGAGGGAGCUAACUAGAAAGAGGGCAGGAGCCCGUAGGGAGGGGAUGCCCGUAGGGAGCCUCGCAUAGCUUGUGGCUCACAUGUGGGUCAGCACGUUGAAAUCCCACCCAGCCACUCAACAGGGUGACCCUGGGCAAAGUACUUUUUCUCUGUGCUUAAUCUAUCUCGCAGGGUUGUUGUGGAAGCAAAAGCGGGUGGCUACCACUUUCAGGGCUGCAGUCAUGGAGAUAGUCUAGAUGCAACAUGUCGGCCUUCCCCAACCUGGUGCCCACUGGGUGCAGUAGGGGCCUUGUGGGAAUUGUGUUCCCAAACACCUGAAGGGUACAACAUUGGAGAAGGUGGCAGUGGGUGCUAAUAAAUGAAAAAGGAGGAGGUGGGAAGCAGGUGCUCUCUGGAUCUCUCAACUUCCCGUCAUUGGCCAGGAAUUGUCAGUGAAGGGACAGAGGGACAUAGCCCAAGAGGAAGGAAACAGAAUGGGGGCCAUUCUGACAGCUGUCCUUUCUGUCUUGCAGGAACUGGGCUGCCCCACUGGGCGAAAAAAGGUACCUACUUGAUACACACAGGUUGUGGGGCUGGCUGGGAGUUGUUUAACUAGCUUUCCUUUUUCAGCGAAAGGACCAUCGUAGCUCAGAGUCAGAGCACCUGCCCUGCAUGCAGAAGGUCCCAGGUUCAGUCCCUGUCAGCAUCUCCAGGCAGGUCUGAGAUUCUCCCCUGCCUGAAACCCUGGAGAGCUGCUGCCAGUCAGUGCAGACGACACAGACCUUGAUGGUUGUCAGGAGUAGGUCAGCAAUAAUUUGCAUGAUGUCCGUGAAGUUAACUCUUUAUUCAAAGCAACAAGACAGCUCAGGCCUAGUGAGCACAUCAACUUUUCCUGGUAGAGCUUGCCCCAAGGAGGCAGUUGUGAGGACUGAAGGUCCCCACCUUCCCACAGCUGCCUAAGUUCUUUCCAAGCAAUCGGAGGCUUUAUUGUCUUGCCUGUAUUUCCUCCACCCUCUUCAUACCUCUUCUGGUUCUGGGGAACCAGUGGGGAGGGGAGCUGGUCACAGCAGGAGGGGGAGACUCCCUGGCUUCUUCAGCAGCCUGCCUCCACUCUUGGGCCUCCUCCUCUCCAGCCUCUGCUUCUGCCUCUGCCUCUGGACUGCUCUCUGCCACAGCCUCUUCCUGCUCACUAAACCCUGUUACCUCCUCCGCUCCUGACACCUCCUUCUCCUAUUCUGCUCCCUCUGACCACUCAUUGCUGUCUCACCACCAAUCCCCUGGCUCUGAGCCUUCUUCCUCUGGGGGUUCCCCAGCCAGCGCCUCCCACCAUUGUCUCCUCCACAUCCAACCAGUCCACCACAAUGGUUCUGACUGGGUAUGAGUCAGCUUCCCAUAUACUACAGCUCAAGUCAUAAAGAAUCUGCAGGAGGUCCUAGGUUCAAUCCCCAACAAUGUCUCCUGGCGGGGCUGUCACCUUUCUGAAACCCUGGAUAGUUGCUGCCAAUCAUGGUUCAGCAAUACUGAGCCAGAUGGGCUCCGAUACCCCAUGUUCCUUUUCUGAGAUGGGAGCGGUGGGGUUAGAAGCCAGGAGAGAAAGCAUAAAUCCAGUAUAUGCUCCUUUUGAUCGCUGUUCUGGGAGUACAUGAUGACAAGGGUGUGAUGGAUGGAAUGAAACACUCCACAGGACAAAGGAGUCUUUAUUAGCAAGGCUGUGAGAGACUGCCCUCCAUUCAGAGCUUCCCCAUAACCUCACCAAGGAAAGGUAUGUAUGUAUAUAUGUAUGUCUUUCUUUUUCCUUGUGGAGCCAGCCUCCUUCCUACUCUUUCCCAUCCCUCCCAGGGAGCCACGGAUGCUGAGCUGGCCCUGAGCUUCUCCCAGUGUGUGUCUGAGAUCAGCCUUUCGAUCCUGAGCAAAGGCGAUGCCCCGACCUUCUGCCUGCCCCAAAAACGCCUCCUGCUUGACCACCUCGUAGUGAGUUCCUUUUGUCUGCGCUUAGGCGAAGCCAUUGGAAAGGGUUAAUAAAGUGUGUUUUUUAAAAAUUCUGGUUGGGUGGUCAAUAGCUCAUGCCCUGAAGAGCUGCUGGUGGGAAGAAUCAUAGAAUUGUGGAGUUGGAAGGGACCCCAAGGGUCAUCCAGUCCAACCCCCGGCAAUGCAGGAAUCUCAGCUAAAGCAUCCAUGACAGAUGGCCGUGAAUGAUGUCAAAUUUUCACUUGCCCUGGUCACCCAUCAGGUCUGCCCUGGAAGGUGAGUGACAGCCUAAGGUGUGCUGGCCAAAGGAUAGCAACUUUUGGGGAGGAUCCUUUAGAAGGAUUCAAGCCAAGGUCUUGACUUUCUUCCUGACCAAGGUUCAUUGCCCAUGCCAUACACUUCCCUUGCACGCCAUUUGUUCCAGGACAUCAUCAAAGCAGAGCCCCUCGACGCCCUUGUAUCCCCUGUCCGCCAGCAAGUGAUGGUUGCCCUCCGGCACUUGAGGUGAGUACCCCAUUUCCAGCACCCCUUCUUUUUAUGGGGUGUCCAUCCAUCUGAGCCACUUUCAAGCUCUGAUUUCAAAGCCCAAGUUUAGUUCUGGAACCCCAAGCGCCUCUGAACAUACACAGAGUGCCAUAUUACUGCAGACAGCCCUUGUUCAUCUUAAAAGAAUAUUUUGUUUUUCCAGGACAGGAUGUGACCCAGCCUCUUUCCACUGUUUAGUUUCUCUGCCUUUAAUGGUCUGCCCGCCUCUGGGAUGGGUUGUUCACAAAUGCAGCCCCCCAUUGGCUGCUGCAGGCAUCAGCUGGCAAACUUUUUGUGUGGGAAUCUACCCUUGGGUCACCCAGAUCUGGAGCCCUCAGCCACACUGGCUCCAGAACGCAUAGAAUUCUCGAGUUGGAAGGAAACCCCAAAGGUCAUCUAGUCCAACCCACUGCAAUACAGACUCAGGGAUGGUCAAAAAAGGGAAGUAGCAAAUACCUAUUUGGUGGUGAACCCUGACAACCUUCCUCCUCUCCCUUCAGCCACGUGCCAGAGCAGCUGAGCCGGGAGGAGAACCAGGCACUGGCAGAGGCAGCCCUGAGCAGCGUCUUCACUCUUCCUCCUUUGGGGCUGGCAGAGGAUGCAGGCCAGGUGUGUAUGUGUGUUGGGAUGGGGCUGGUUGUUUGGGAGCUGAUUGCCUGCUGAAAGAGGAGCACUCCAGGGGCUGCAAAUGUUCCUCAUAAAUCUUUUUGAGGCUUUAGUACCCUCAAGUGGUAUUUCAAUUUUGUUAAAUAAAAAAAAACAACAGCAUUCUGCUCCUUCUGCACCACUAGGCACUGCUGCCUUCCAGCGCUCAAGCACUGCAUACGGGUGCCCUGAUAUCCCUGUCGGAACUGGUGGAGACUCUGCUGGAAGAAGAGGUGGUGAGGGUGGAGCAAAGGGAGAGUGCCAAUUUGCAGUGGUUCCAACAGGCCUUCCAGGUGAGCAGGGCGGGAGGUAGCCUCUGCGUCAAGUUUCUAGCCCUCACUGCUAAAUCUGUCUUCUCCCUGCUGCUCUCCUUUUCCUCUCCUCCCACAUUUUGCUCCCAAGCCAGAAGGAGGGCAAAGUAGAUGUCACAGGAGUGUACAGGUUCAAAGUUGGAGAUAAUUCUUUAUUAGCAAAAACAUGAUCUCCCCAGACUUGGUGGAGUGUUAUACAUAAAGAGCAGAGCAGUUCAUUCCCAGCAGUCUUACUCGAUGAAAAUCAGUCACCAGGACUGAAAAUCCCCACCUCUUCCCUACCAUCUAAGUCCCCUCCUCUUCAGGAUUUUCCCCAAGCAAUCUGAGACGGCGCCUGCAUGAAGCUAACUUCUCCUCUGCCCUCUUCAUGCCUCUUAUGGUUCUGGGAGACAAGAGGGAAGGGGAGCUGGUCACAGCAGGAGGGGGAGACACCUGUGACUCCUCUCUGCCUCUUGGCCUCCCUCCUCUCCUGCUUCAGCUUCUGCCUCUGAGUCUGUACUUCUCUCUGCCACAGACUCUCCCUGCUCACUAAACCCUGUUACCUCUUCGGCUUCCGACACCUUCACUUCCCAGUCUUCUCCCUCUGACCACUCAUUGUUGCCCCACCACCACUCCCCUGACUCUGAGCCUUCUUCCCUUGGGGGUUCCCCAGCUGGUUCCUUCCACCACUCCUCUGUGUCCAACCAGUCCAUGACAGUGGGGCUCUUGAGAAGCCAGAGCUGUGUGUAUUUACCCAUUUAUUUGCAUCACCCCACUUCUCCAUUAAGCUUCCGUUCAGAGCAAAGCAACGUACAACAAAAGAUCAAAAACAACAGAGGCUCAGGCAGAAUACAACACAUUCUGAGGGGAGAUAGAGAGACUCAGUUGGAUUAGAUCAGCUAAAGCUCUCUUGAGAAGAGAAAAUAUCACUUUUGGGGGCUUUCUUGAUCUCCGGAAGCAAAGGCAUUGAGUGAAUGUUUGCUGGAAGUGGGUUUCACAAAUGCGGGGCCAACACCAAGCAGGCCCCAUCUGGAAUGAUGAACUACUACACCCUGCAAGGGCCAAGAGCACUGCCCCCCAAUCUUGAAUCCAGCUCUGCUAGCAGGACAUUCUCUAGACAUGCACCACCCUCCAACUCGCUCUGUGGGGUUUCUGGGAGGGAGAAGCCUUGCCCGCAGUUAACCAGCAUGGCUUCUGUGUUGCCAGGGCAAAGGCGGGCUGGUUCAGGCCAGGGGCUGAUUGUUCCUCCCCCUCUCCUCCAUUUCCCCCGCAGCUCCUGGGGUACUGGAUGGUGUCGGAGCAGGAAUGGGAGCGUGCCCGGGCUUUGCAGCUUGGGGUGCACUUGCUUCGGGCCCAUUGCCAGAAGACCAGCGCUUCCGUGAGUAAGGCCAUACUCAGAUGGAUCAAUGGUCUCACUUGAUAUAAGGCAGCUUCUGAUGCUCCUACUUAACUGUCCUUGAUUCCAAACCAUGAGGACUAGAAUCUUAUUUUGGGUAAGGGUCAUAGCUCAGAUUUGCCUUGCAUACACAAGGUCCCAGGUUCAAUCCCUGGCGUCUCCAAGUAAGGCAGGGAACAUCCCCAGCCUGAAACUCUGGACAGACACUGCUGCCAGUCAGUGGAGACAGUACUGAGCAAGAUCAGUCAAUGGUUUGACUCAGCAUAAGGCAGCUUCCUGUGUUCCUAAAAAAAUUACCAGUCCAAAGGUUGCUUCUUCUUAAAAGCCUGGCCUGGGUUCCUAGUUCAUUCAGAAUAUUGAGGACCAGAAUCUUGCUUUAUUCCUAGGGGCAGAGUCUUAGCUGCCAGUCAGUGUGGACAAUGCAGACAAAUGGCCUGAACUGGUAUAUGGCAGCUUCCUCUCUCCCUCUUUUUGCACAGCCACGGAUCCCCCCGGAGCAAUUCAGCCGCCUGGCUGGGGCGCUGGGGCCUUUCACCUGUGACGUGCUGGGCAGCAUCCGGCAGGGUGCCGUCGACUGCAUCAGGGUCUUGCUAAGCACCCAAGGUGAGCUUGUCUAGCCCCUUUCGCAAUGUAGGUCUUCCUUACUUGGGAGGAACUCCCCUCUCCAUCCUCAUCUGGAGAGCUGCUGCCAAUUGGUGCAGACAAUAUUGGGCUACAGGGACCCGUGUGCUAAUUCACUAUUUAUUUAAUCGUUCAAUUAAUUAACAUACCACCUUUAUCUUCCAAAAAUCUCAAGGUGGCGUACAUGGUUCUCCUCCUCCCCAUUUCACCCUCACAACAACCCUGUGAGGUAGGCUAGGCUAAGAGGUGGUGACUGGCCCCCAAGGUCACACCCAAGUGAGCUUCACAACUGAGUGAGGAUGCUGCUGUGCCCAGAUCCCAUUUGCGGGCUUCCCAUUAGGGAAUCUAGUUGAUCACUGUGAGAACAGGAUGCCAGAUGGUACAGAAGGCAUAGAAUUAUAGUGUUGGAAGGGGUUCUCCAAGGGUCAUCAACUCCCUGCAAGCCAGGAAUCACAGCUCAAGAAUCCCCUGACAGAGGACCACCCAACCUCUGCUUCAAAACCUCCAAUGAAGGAGAGUCCGUCAGCUUCCGAGGGUGUCCAUCCCAUGGUCAAGUGGCUCUUGUCAUCAGAGAGUUCUUUCUGAUGUUGAGUCGGAAUCUCCCUUCUUGGGUAUCUCCUGCAGGCACCCAAAGGCCAAGGGGCCGCUUGGUGGCCUGGCAGCUCCACUGCAUCCAACGCAAGCUCCGGAGCGAGAGCAGCCCCCGGGAGGUGCGCACGGCCUCUCUCCAGCUGGCGAAGGUAUUGUAGGGUGGGGACCUCAGGAGGAAGGUGCUUGGGAGAAGGUAUCAACCUGGAGAAUAGCACCCCUAGGCAGGAUUCAUCCUCCUGGGGUGGUGGAUCAUGUGGCAAUGGACACGUGCCUUGGCCCUGGGUGAUGCCAGUGCCAGCCAAGGGUUGCCACCUUUUAGGCAAGGCAGAAGUUCAACAGGUGCAGCUAAGAGGUUCAGUAAUGAGAAAAGCACCCGCUUUUCCCAUGUCUACCCAUUGUUGUGCUCUUAAAGCAGGCAUGGCCAAACUUGGCCCUCUAGCUGUUUUGGGACUACAACUCCCAUCAUCCCUAGCUAACAGGACCAGUGGUCAGGGAUGAUGGGAACUGUAGUCCCAAAACAGCUGGAGCGCCAAGUUUGGCCAUGUCUGCCUUAAAGCAAUGGGCAAAGCCAGAUAGGUAGCAGUCCUUUUGAAGAGCUGGAUCGACCCACCAACGUCCUGGUGUAAUAAACACUGGGAGCUGGGACUGGGAUCAGGAGUCCCAAAUCCAAGCCCUAACCCUUAACCACAAGGCCUAGGAGAGGUCUCCUGCAAGCUACGUGUAUCAGGCAAAAUGUGCAUACCAAAAAAGAAAACAUCUGCACUAACAAGCUGACAGAUUUUGUUUCUUUAUUGCAUGUAUAUCCCACCUUUUUCUCCAAGGAGCUCAAAGUGGCAUCCAUGGUUCACCCCCUCCUCAUUUAAUCCCCACAACAACCCUGUGAGGUAGGUUAGGCUGAGAGGCAGGGACUGCCCCCCCCCACAAGUCACACCAGGUGAACUUUCUCUCCCCAUGCUCUGUCCUCAUCUUCUGCCAGGCAGCCAUCCCAGUGAAACCCAGAGAAGGGCAGGUAGGCAGGCAAGACUCUGGCAGGGGACUUUUGGGAGUUGGGGGGGGGGAGAGAUCCUUCUUUUAACCCUACUCUCACCUCCAUGUAGGAUCCCAGGAGAUCCACUUGCAGGCACCUUGCUUGGUAAAUAUAGUGACAAAACUAUUUCAACCCUCUCAUACACCUAUCCCUACCUCCCACCCCCCAAAAUACCCCAGAACCUCCAUGACCCUAAGUUAGGUCACAGCACCUGCCCAAGGAAGGAGAGGGUGUGGCGAUGACAACCAAAGGUGGGGCGCAUCUGAGCACUUUCUCCCCACUACCUGCCUGCCCUGGCUCAGGUUGUCAGCCGCGCUCUGCCCCCGCAAGAGAUCCUGGCCUUCCUGCGCACUUUGCUGGAGCAGCUGAGAGCCGUGAGCCCCACCUGCGACCAGGCCGUCCUCCUGUGGUUUGAGGUGGUCGUGAAGGAGCAGAGGGCAGCCUUGAAGGACAAGGUAAGGGCCAGGUGAGGGAGGGACUUGACCAGCAGUUCCCAAAGUGGGAGGUAGCACCCCCCCGGGAGGCAGUGGGAUAACCUAGGGAGGUGCUAAGAGGCAAGUGGGUGGCAGGGGGCUGCUAGAGGUGUAAACAGCUAUCAGGCUAUCGCUGAGUCGUUCAUCGAUGUUGAUUUAAUUCAACAAAACAGUUUGAAAUGGGUUUUGAAUAAAUGUGCAAUUAAUCAAUACCGUUUUGGAUUUCAUUGUGUUAUUAUCUUCCACAGUGGGUGGCGCAAAAUGAUUUCCAUAAGGUAGGAUAGUGGGGUACUGGGGUACUGAGUUUAUGGAAUCAACCAAAAAGGUUUGGGAAACACUGGGUUAGACCUAAAGGGCUUUCAGAUUUUGUUGCACGAAAAUGUAUAAAAUAAAUGUAUAAAAUAAAGCCUGUAUUUGGUCCUGCACUUCCUAGAAUCCUACAAUUGUAGAGUUGGAAGGGACCCCAAGCGUCAUCUAGUCCAACCCCCUGCAAUGCAGGAAUCACAGCUAAAAAAUCCUGACAGAUGGCCAUCCAACCUCUGUUUUAAAAGUUCCAGUGAAGGAGAAUCCACCACUUUCCAGGGGCGUCUGUAUCACUUCAUUAUCAUUUUUCUCCCUAUGUCAGCUAUUGAGGCCAGUUUGAGAGCUGGAUUACCAAAGAGGUGAAUGAGACCCCACUUUAGGAGAGGGCUCUUGUGAUUAGUUCCAGCUUCUGGGCUUCUUAGAAGCCCAGUGAGAAAAGGAUGCUGGGUCUAGCAGACCCUUCUGAUGUUCUUGUGAGAUAAUCAGCCUCAUAUAACCAACAUACCAAAGUCUAAUUAACACAUGAAGGGGUUAAUGUCAUAGAAUAAGCUGUCCUGCCAGGCUUAUCUGUGUCCAUUUACUUUACAUUGGGAGGAAAUCGGUAAGCUAGCCUAUUGUUGCACCUUCAGUCUACCUGAGAAGCUCAGCCUGCGAAGAGGUUUUGAGCUGGUUGCUCCAGCUCAAACUGCAUGGCUCUCAGCAGCCAUUUUUGAGCUCCUAUACCGAUAAUUUAGGAACUUCCACCGCUUUGGAAGUAAACAAAGUUUUACUGCCUGUGCAACCUGUCUGACUGAUGUAUGGGAAAGCACAUGAACCUGACCUUUGGAGAGUUUGUAAAUAAACCAUUUUUAACUUACUAAACGUGUGAUCUAUUCCUAUGCUGGGGGAAGAGGGGACUAUUUUGGAACUCACUUGGAAAUACGUAUUUUUAAAAGUCUAACGGCCUAUAUUUCCAUGCUUUGCUUUGCUGCAUGUUUUGUGAUUUUAGAUCAGGCAUAGGCAAAGUCCAGCCCUCCAGAUGUUUGGGACUACAAUUCCCAUCAUCCUUAGCUAACAGGACCAGUGGUCAGGGAUGAUGGGAAUUGUAGUCCCAAAUAUCUGGAGGGCUGGACUUUGCCUAUGCCUGUUUUAGAUCUCUUCUGGGGUUCUCUCACCAAAGAGUACUUGCCGCAAACCUGGAUUUGGCAUCCAGGGAAUCCUCCUUUCCAUGUAUCUAUUCCUCCCCACACCUGAACCAACAUGUAUUAUGAUGCUGGACAUAAGAAGGCUUCUCUUAUGCUCCUAGAAAUGGCACCCCAAAUAUAUGAGGGUUACAGAGCUUCUUCCCCCCCCCCCCAACCUUGUCCUUUCUAGAUCCCCGACCUGGUGGCCGUCAUUUGCUCCUAUGUGCAGCAAUCAGAGGAUGCAACUCAGCGCCAUUCCCUGGCCCAGGCCGUCUGUGUACUGACGGAGUGCCACUGCAGGGCAGUCUGUGCCACCCUCCUUCAGCAGGCCCUCCUCCCAGACAGGUGAGUGCAAGACUCCCAGGGCUCAGAAGCAGGCGUCGGGAGUGUGCUCUGCUCUUUGAACUGGAACCCAAGCCCCCCAUGCCACCCCCACCCAAGAAAAGCCCUCCUCCUAAAACAACAGGGGGCGAUGGACUUCCGGUUAGAAGAUGGCACCUGAAGCAAGUCUCCUGUGAGCCUCAGCAGAGUGAGUAGGAGCUUUUAAAAAAUAAUAAGCGGAAAAGACACACUCCCGGAAAACAAGCUUAUAUCCCAGCCAGAUAAGGACUCCGGGAAUCGCCGGACAGCACUUUAAACAUCCUCCCUUCCUUUGAGGCUCUUCUAUGAAAAUUACUUUUUUAUUCAAAAUUAAAAUAAAACAUAUUAUCUAGAAACCCAUGAUGUUGGGUUGAAAUCACGACAGACGAGUGGUAGGUGUCAUAUGAGAGGCGUCUCUUAUCCUUAUUUUUCCCCCUUUUUUCCUCCCUCCCCCCUCCCCCCUCCCCCCACAGAACCCACGCACCCCCACCCCCUGACUUCCCUCAGUUCCAGUCUUUGAUUUCUCUAAAAAUGCUGUUUUCUGCAUGUUACACAGUUGUAUAGAUCCUCAAACUAUAAUUAUCAAUAAAAAGUUUGUGAAUGUUUAUUCAAAACCAGCCAAGGAGUCCAGUCCGCUUUGUUGCAUCUUCAAAUACUUUGUAAAGGGUUCCCAUUCACCUUUAAAGUCACAGUUAUCCUUGUCCCGUAGCUUAUAUGUCAGCCUUUGAGGCUCAAUCCUGCUGAAGCCAUCCAAAACUCCAUGAGGUUACUUAAAACUAUCUGAGGCUAAUUACAGUGCUCCGAGUUUCUUUCAGACAAAGCCCUCAAAUAUACGGAUGGGACAAAGUACCCCAAAUCUAGUCCGGGGAUGGUACUCACAACAGGGGGCACCUCUACACAGUAUUUUGUGGGCAUCUGUACUGGAAACCCAACCCUUGGCGCUGUUCCUGCAGAGUGGCGUUCUUUCUCUGAGUCCGCUCACCAUCUGUGCCAUUCCCCAGGGCAAGGAUGGAGCUCUUGGUGGCUGUAGCAACGUACAAGGAUAACAGCGAACCUGUCCUGAGGCAUCUGCUCAAUGUGGUGAGAGGGGAAGGAAGGGGCACCCCCAGCUACGUCAUGGUGAGGGCUCUGCUAAGCAUAAUUGUUGAAUGUGCAUUGAAAUGGAAAUUCUUUUUUAAAAAAUUUUAAAAAGUUUUUAUUGUUAAAAUAAUUCAGCAUUAAUACACACAUAUUGCGAACAUACAAACAUACAUUUCAUACAAUCCUUAAAAAUGUUCAAACAUACCUACACUCAAUCCCACAGAUAAUUCCUUUUCCCAUCACCAUCCACCACCCCUCACCCCACCUUUGUGUUAGACUUCCAAUCUACUCAAUUGCAAUUUCUUUCCACUUCUAUUGCUUUCUUUCACACACCUUUAACCUAAUUUCAUGCUUCUUUUUCUAUUACACAUUGUUAUCCAUCUUAUUUAGUAUUCCAGUAUUUAAAAUGGAACUUGUUUAUUCUAAUAGGAGUUCUGAUUUUUCAAUAUGGUUUUGCAAAUAUCCUUUAAAAUGGAAAUUCUAAUGGGCCUGUAUUGAAUACAGGCAACUCUCUGUGGGCUCGGGGGUUGGGCUCCAGGUCAUGGCAUGAAAUUGCGUCAAUCGUCAAUCCAUCCAUUGACAUUGGAGAGAGAUUGAGUUGAGAAAUAAGACCAAGGGUACAUAUUGAUAUAGGAAUGUACUAGAUAAAAUGUAAAGAAAUAUACAAUAAUAAGAGUACAUUCAUUUGUGGAAAAGGAAUAUAUAACGGGAUAGACAGGAAGUCCAAAGUGUUGGUACAUAUAUGAUUUUGGAAUAGUUUUUUGUCCUUGUUUCUUUUCUUUAGGUAUAUAAACUUUGUAUAUAAACUUUGUAUACAUGCUGAAAAUUAUAUUAUAAUAAGCCUUGUGACGCUAUAUGAUAAUGUUUACCGAUGUAACAUAAGAACGUUAAUAAAUAAAUAAAACUCAAAAAAGAAGGAAAAAAGAAAGAAAGAAAGAAAUUGUGUGAAAUCAGAAAUAAAAAAAUAAAGUUUUAUUUAAAAAGUUUUUGCAUUACUUAGAUAAAUAAAUAAAUAAAUAACCGUGUUCCAGGCUCUUGUGUCCCUCCGGGAGGGAGUCCUGGCUCUGGAGGACUGCACCAGCCAGCUCCCGCUGCUCUCAAAGCUGUGCCACGCUCUCUUGUGCCAACUCAGCAGCACGGACCUGAAAUCAGAGACGCCCGACCCUUCUUCUCUGAAAAGGAUGGCAUGCAGCAGAAUAGUACCGCUGGAGCCCCGCAGGUAAUGCCCGUCUUCCGUCAGUCCCAGGUGGCGUCUCUUUCCGCUGCCCUUCCCCACAAGUGCACUCUUUGUGGGACUUCCUGUGUAUUUCCCCCAGAAGCUGCUGUAAGUUAAGAAUGCUGCAGCGCGAUUGCUGACAGGAACAGAGCCUUGCUGAAAUGCAACACCUCUGCUUAAAGAGCUGCACUGGUUGCCAGUCUGCCGCUGGGCCAAGUUCAAGGUGUUCCUAGAAGCAUAGAAAGUCCUUAACCACUUGGGAGCAGUUUACCUGCAACAUCGCCUUACCUCACUUCUGCCCAAUCAAACGCUUCAGUCUGCAGAACUGGCACUGUGACGGGUGCCACAUAACCCCUGUUCUGUGUUUGUAAGAACUCCGUCUUUUAGUGUGGCAGCACUUACCCUUUGGAACUCCCUGCCUCUUGACACCAGGCAGGUGCCUUCUUCAGUGUAAUCUUUUCAAACCACUCUUGUUCAGACAAGCCUAACUAGACGUUCAGAAAGUCAAUGCGAGUUUUAUUCUCUUUUUAGUCCGUUUUAACUUUUCAAAACGGGACGCGGGUGGCGCUGUGGGUAAAACCUCAGCGCCUAGGACUUGCCGAUCGCAUGGUCGGCGGUUCGAAUCCCCGCGGCGGGGUGCGCUCCUGUCAUUCGGUCCCAGCGCCUGCCAACCUAGCAGUUCGAAAGCACCCCCGGGUGCAAGUAGAUAAAUAGGGACCGCUUACUAGCGGGAAGGUAAACGGCGCUUCCGUGUGCUGCGCUGGCUCGCCAGAUGCAGCUUGUCACGCUGGCCACGUGACCCGGAAGUGUCUGCGGACAGCGCUGGCUCCCGGCCUAUAGAGUGAGAUGAGCGCACAACCCUAGAGUCUGUCAAGACUGGCCCGUACGGGCAGGGGUACCUUUACCUUUACCUAACUUUUCAAAAGCCUUAAAUAGUUCUUGUGAGUUCUUCUUAAUGAUAAUUUUGUUGUUUUAUCUUUUUUGCAAAACGCUUUGAGGUUUCUUUUUUUUUUUCUUUUUAACAAUCAAGCGGCAUGUAAAUUUUAUGAAAUUAAAUAAACAAAUAAGGGGCAAAUAAACAGGGGCUCUGCCUGGCUCCAAACUGACUGGGGAAAGGAGUCUUUGGUUUUGUCUCCCAGGCAGGCUGUGCUGGUGCUACAAGCUGUCCUCAGCAGAGCUCUCCCAGAAUCGACGGGGGAGAUGGAUGUCUCUGGAGACACCUGGAGCUUCUUGAUGCAGCCAGGCAGUUACCUGAAGGGCGUCGCCCUCUUAGCCAGGUGAUUCUUAUGCUCAGAUCCUACCUGUGGGUUCCAAUAGGCGUCUGGCUGACUAUGGGGUCAGGGGUGCAACUUGAAUAAAAUAUAUAUUUUAUUUUAGAAAUUUUUUAGCAUACAAUAUUAUUUGCAUUCAUCCAUAACAAAUUACAUAUCUUUACAGGGGUUCUUCCGACCCCCAGACUUCCCCCCACUCCUCUCCCCGGUUUCCAAUAUUUAGCUCUUCUCUUUUCUGCGACUAAAUACUUUUAUCCAAUCUAUUAAGUCUCCUUUUUCAAUACUUCUUUAUCAAUACCCUGGGCAUAUAACAUUCUUGCCACUGUUGUCGCAUACAUAAAUAAGACCUUUUUCUCCUUCGGAAUCUCUUCUCCUAUUACUGUAUACCUAAUAAGUUUUUUAACAAAAGUUAUUUUAAACAUUUUUUUUAAAUCAUUGUUAAUCAUUUCCCAGAAGGCUUUUGCUGACUUACAGGUCCACCACAUAUGAUAAAAUGUACCCUUGUUCUCUUUACAUUUCCAACAUAAAUUAGUCAUUUUUAAUACAUUUUUACAAGUCUUGUAGGAGUUAAGUACCAUUGGUACAUCAUUUUCAUAUAGUUCUCUUUUAACGAACAGCAAGAGGUAAAUAGUAAAUCCACUUUCCAUAACUUUUCCCAUGAAUCAAACUGUAUAUUCUGACCCACAUCUUUUGCCCAAUGUAUCAUUACUGAUUUUACUUCUGUCUUUUGUCUCCCAUUCCAGCAACAUUUUGUAUACUUUUGACAGAACCUUUGCAUUAUUUUCCAACAGAUCUUUAUGUAAUCUUGAUAAUUCAUUCCUAAAUCCCACUCCUUUAUCCAUUUUAAAAAUAUCAGUUAGUUGGUGGUAUUGGAGCCAAUCAGUAAGUAAAUGUCUUAUAUUCUCAUAUUUCUUCAAUUUCAACUGAUUUCCCUCCUCCACCAUCAACUCUCUAUAUGUUAUCCAUUCUUUUUCCAUAUUUAAUUUUUUAACUGAGAAUGCUUCUAGUGGUGAUAUCCACCACAGAGUCUUAUUUUCUAAUAGAUUCCUAUACUUUCCCCAUAUAGAAUAUAAUGAUUUUCUAACAAUAUGAACCAUGAAACCCUUAUGUACCUUCGUUUUUCCAUACCACAAAUAUGCAUGCCACCCAAAUCUGUUAUCAUAACCUUUCAGAUCUAAGAUAUCUGGAUUCUUUAAACUCAUCCAUUCUUUAAGCCAACAGAUACAGGACACUUCAUAAUAUAAUUUUAAGUCUGGUAGGGUAAAUCCACCUCUUUUGUUUGCCUCUGUUAACAAUUUAUAUUUAAUCCUAGGUUUCUUUCCCUGCCAGACAAACUUAGAUAUAUAUUUUUGCCAUUGUUUGAAGUGUCCUGUUCCGUUAAAUAUCGGUAUCAACUUGAAUACAAUAUAGGGGGGGGAGGUAAGCCCCACCCUGCAUAAUCAAUCACAUGACAUGUCAUUUAUGCCGCUGGGCUUUGUUGAAAAUGGCUUCUCCAUGCAAACCAGGAAGUGACCUCUCCAGACAACGGAACAACUCUUCUUAUCACUGUGAUCUCCUGGGUGACACGGACACCGUUAGACAGUUGAAUAUUCAUGCAUACUCUGUCCAUUUCCUGCCUUCCCUACAGUGCUCCACACAGCCCCAGGAGCUGGCAACCCACGUUACGCCAUUGGGCCAUUGUCCUGAUCCAGCAGGCUCUUCUAUGUUCUGAUCGUUCCUUUUCUCCCCCUGCCCCUCAGGUCCAUGGCGUGCUCACAGAAUCCCCUCAUCAAUGACCUCCUGCGUCACCUCCUGCCCCAUCUCAGUUCCUCCAGAACAGCCUACAGAGACCUCAGCCUGGUCUUCUGCAUGGAGGUAUUGUAUUUACUGCUAUUGUAUAAGCAUCUCCCUAAGGACUUUCCACGUUUUCAUGUUGUGGGUGUUGGGAAGAUUAGUGCAGGAGUUUACUGAUGGUUCCUUUGCUUGGCUCAGAUCCCAGGCCACUCUUUGCUUCACACGCCAGAGAUGCUCAACCUCCUUCUGCAAGAGAUGCUGGCCAGGUCCCAGGAUGGCAGCACCACCCUGCGAGCCCUGGCGCUCCGAGGCCUGGGGAACGUGGCAACAGAAGCCCCCCAUGAGGUAGUUCAAGGGGUUCCAAACGGGACCUUGGCAGGUGAUGAAGGACACGGCUCUGUGUGUGUGUGUGUGUGUGUGUGUGUGUGAGAGAGAGAGAGAGAGAGAGAGAGAGAGAUUGAAAUCCAAAACUUUAGCUGCACAGCAGCUCAAAUCAGCUUAUCAUAGCUCAGGAAGCAACUGAUGUCUUGCAAGGAACUCUAGAUUUUUUAGGGUGGGUGGGAAAUGAACCCGUGUCUCUCUCAGGUCCUAGUCCAACACGCUAACUGCUACACCACACUGCUGUGGGUGUGAUCGGUGUGAAUGAAGGAAAGAGGAGGCAAUGAAGAGGGGGAAAGGAAAAGAAGUGAGAAGUGCAGCUGGGUGGGGUGGGAGCUCUGCAUAUUGUCCUGAAGCCCCCUGGCAAACGGUUUGCUGCCAGCCACUAGAUCAGGCCCCUCUAGCCAAUCCUGGGUGGUUUCCUGGGCGGGGGAGACUCUGUAGGCGUAGGGGCAUCCCAGCCACUGAGGGCUGUGGGCUUUUCUCCAUAGGUGAAGAAGCACCAGGAGUCUUUGCUGGUGACUCUGCUCCAAGCUGCGGGCAAUGGCGCCAGCCCUGAAGUGGCCUGUGAGAGCCUGUGUGCCCUGGGCAAGCUGUGGGGAUGUAUCGGGAGACGGCACAGAGUUCGUGCUCUCCAGGCCGUAGCUGGCCUGGCCCGUGGGCACCUCUGGCACGUGAGUUGGCCCUUUCUUCCUGAUCAAAGUCAAAGCAAAGGCUCUCCUAGCCCAGAAUCCUGUUUCUGACCUUCUGGAAACCCAGGAAGGGGAGGGUCCAUUUUCCUUGCCGAGUGCUUCCCAGCGACUGGUAAUUCUGAGACUGUCCCUGGAAAAUUGGGACACUUGGAGAGUAUGGGUGCUUCCCUGUGUCCCGCUUGGUCCUAGCAAGUAGUGACCUUUCCCUCUUUCAUAAGAUCUUCUCAUACCCCACUCCUAUCCCUUCCUGCUGUAGGUGGAUGAUUCCCUCCGUGAAGCAGCCUUUGAGCUCUUGGGCCAGCUGGCCAGGGCAACUCAGCCGGAGGAGGCCAAGUCCUUUGCUAAAGAGGUGGGGAGGUCUUUGGCUGCCCUCCUGCUGCACUUCAGGGAACCCAGCCCCACUGUGGCCAAGGUACGGCAUCAUACCCACACCCCUCUCCUUGAGCCUCCUGCUCCCAGACACUCUACCUGUGCACCAUGAAACCAGGCAGCUGUCAAGAGACCAGGAGUCAACAUAACAGCAUCAGUAGAUCCCUGCUGCGUCAGACCAAUGCCCCAUCUAGUCCAGCAUCCUGUUCCCACAGUGGCUGACCAGAUGCAAGCAGGACCCGAGCACAAGAGCAGUUCUCCCCUUCUGUCGUUCCAGAAACUGGUAUUCAGAAGCGUCACUGCCUGUGAGAAAUGACAGACUAGCCGCUGUUGUUGUUUAUUAUGUUUUAAAUUGCAUUUACGACCCUGUUCCAACUAAACAUUAGGGAGAACUUCCAGACGUUUAAGAGCCGUUCGGCAGUGGUUAUUUAGCUGCGAUUCCUGCAUUGCGGGAUGUUGGGCUAGGUGGCCUUUGAGGGUCCCUUCUAACUUUACAGUUCUAUGAAAUUGUAAUUCUGCACCCAAUCAGCUAGAAUUACCAAGUCCUCCCCAUCCCUCCUUCCCCAGUCUAUGCCAGGUGGGGCUGGACAGAGUGUGACCCUCAACUCUUCCACCAGGCCUGUUCCAUUGCCUUCACAUCAUGUGCCCCCUUCGUGGGCCUGCAAGACCUCACAGGGGACAUGGAGGCUGGGCAGCUGCUGGCGGAUGUCUCUGGUGCACGUCACAUCCACUUGAUGGGCAAAGUGUGCCGACAGCUGGUGAGUGAGCCUAUAAGCUGGGAUCAGGCGCCACCUCUUGCCACCAUUGCCAGGAAACCUCUCAGCUGCCUCCUGGCAACGAGGAAUGCCUUUCUCUCUGGGGCCUUCCUCUCGUGCUGGUCUUCCUCUCCUGCUCUUCUCUCUGUUCACCCUAAACCAUGAGAACCAGAAACUUAGAGCGCCUUUGGGAUGCUGUCCCCAGGGAGACCUAACUGGGCAUCCUUGACCCUAAUAUUUAGGUGCCAGGUGAAAACAUUUUUUCAUUUAUUUAAUAUUGUUGCCGUCCUAGAAGUGUUAGAGCAGGCACUCUCUCUUUCUGCUUUGGAAAGAGUUCUAGUUUCACUCUGCCUUUGCUCUAACACAGGCACCCCCAAACUUGGCCCUUUAGAUGUUUUUGGGACUACAGAAUUGGUCCUGUUAACUAGGGAUGAUGGGAGUUGUAGUCCCAAAACAUCUGGAGGGCCAAGUUUGGAGGUGCCUGUGUUAGAGCAAAGGCAGAGUGAAACUAGAACUCUUUCCAAAGCAGAAAGAGAGAGAAAGAGAGAGAGAGGGCGAGGGAGAGGGAUAGGGAGGUCAAACUGUUUUAACUGGAAGGAAAGUGCCACCAGCCCCUUGCUCUUUUCUACCUUAGGUGUCUCCAAAUGUGCUGCUUCUUUUGCUCCAAGAGAAUUAAGGGCGCAUCUAGGAGAUCUCUGUUUUGGGGUAGGAUUCAGUCACAUCCCAGCAAAUUAAUGCUUCCGCCAUCACAGCCAAUUUGCAGCCCUGUCACACUUCUACAACAGUUCAGACUUUUUUGUGAUAAGGAGAGUUAUGGGGAAAUGCACCUGCAGAAGUCUAACCUUCCAAGAAACAAAUGGGGGCUGAUAUUCCUGAUUGCUGCAUUGCAAGGGUCUGUUAGCCGUGAUCCCUUCACUGCAGGGGGUUGGACCCUUAACCCUUGGGGCCCCUGCCAAUUCUACAAUUCUAUGAUUCCAUGACCUUGGAAAGUGGUGGACUCUCUUUCAUUGGAGGUUUCCAAACAAGAGUUUGGAUGGCCCAGCUGCCAGGGAUUCUUGAGCUUUGAUUCCUGCAUUGCAGGAGAUUGCAAUAGAUGGCCCUUAGGAUACCUUCCAACUCUACAGUUCUGUUAUUCUUUGACAAUGGACCUGCUGGGCAGUGACCUGAUGUGGCCUCCCCCCGAUUUCUCCUAGGCUAAGACGAAUCCAGCGCUCUUGGGGGCCAUCCUGGCUGAUGUGCCCCAGUACCUGUGCUCUACCUGGGAAGGAGUUCAGAUCGCAGCCUGCAAGCUGGCCGGUGUGUGUCUGCACGUGAGGAAGGAGGAGACCAAUGGCCCCCUCUCUCUUUGGAGGAGAGGCUAGAGGCAGUGGGGGCGGGGUGGGUUAUCCUUCCCCCACCCCUAGCACCAGGGAUGGGAGGAGGAGGUCCAUGAGUGGCAACCCUGCCCCGGAUUGAGACCCAGACAUCCCCUUUAUUCCUGCAAGGAAUCCUUGUGAAGACAGGGGACACUCAGCGCCUCCGACAGCUGGAUCUGGACCGGCUCCUGGUGGGUGAGUGUUGCCACCGGAUGUAUCCCAUGGGUGGGAAUGGCAAAUUGAAGCCUAUCUCUCGAUGCAACUCUGGAACAUCCAGCCUUCAACAUACGGAGUGAAAAAUGACUGGGAGAGUUUGGGGAUGCUGAGGCUGUGAUACGCGAGGAACCUAGCAUCCUUUCGCAAAGUGCCUCAGGGGUGAGGUCUUGGCUCUAAGGGGACCCCUGUUUUCUAGCAACAAUUGCCAGCACCAAAGCUAGGAGAAGUGGAGAUUUUCUCUCACUUUUUUUGCAAGCUGCAGAGUAUGGAGGGAGAGAAAGCCAAUGAUGGAUGCUAGCCACAAUGGCGGCAUAACCAUGAUGUCGUCUCUGGAGGGAACCAGCUCCUGGGAAUCACAAGAGGGCUUGUGGGCUUCCCUUUGGAGCAUCUGGCUGGCUGCCCAGACUCUUUGGCUUGAUCCAGCAGUCAGGUUCUCCUUAUAUUCUCAUGGAACCUCUAUAUCAAGAGAGACCCUAUCUAGGUUCCUUGGUUCUUAGGGACAUUUGGCCCCUGUGAGAAGAGGAUGCUGGACUAGAUGGGCCCUUUGCCUCCUUCAGCAGGAUCUUCUUGUGUUCCUAUGGAACUCCCUCCCACUGGAGCCAGGGAUGGCCACCAACUUGGACAGCUUGAAAAGGGGUUAGACAGAUUCAUGGAGGAAGAGAGGGCUAUCACGCUAUGCUCUGCCUCCACGGUCAGCAGCAGCAAUGCUUCCAAAUGUUGGUUGCUGGAAACCACAGGAGGGGAGUGUGCUGCUCUUGUCCCAGGGUCCUGAGUGCGGGUUUCGCACAGGCUGCUGUGAAGACAAGAUUCUGGGUCACCAUUGGAGGUCCUUCCUAUCCAUUUCAGGCCUUAAAGGGAACAGAGUGGGGCAGUGGCCUUAGUGAAACUGGACUGUGAAUGAGGUGUCUGUUGAGGGGUCAAAAGCAGGCCCUGAAGAUCCCCUCCCCACCCCAGGAGGGUGACUGUGGCCCUACCCCACUGCCCUGCCUCUUCUGUCUCCCCACAGCCCUCCGCCCUCUCUGCCAUGACCCCAAUGCUGCUGUUGAGAUUGCUGCCUCAGAAGCCCUCCAUGCCACCCAGCAGAAAUGCCAGCAGAGCCAGGCUGGCUCAGCUCGGAGCCGCAGAAGAAGGCCUAUGCUGCCCGGCUGGUUGUUUGGCCGGCAACGUAAAGGUCCCAGGCCUGAGAGCCGGGGAGCUGGGCCUACCUGAAGGGGAAGCCUUGGAAAGCAGAAAUAUAUAUCUAUCUCCCCUUUU